AUGGUUGACGGUGCUUCCGGACGGAGGCCCGAUCACUAUCGUGUUUUGUCUGGAAAUCCGAAUAAGCUUCCCACAUUCGGCUACCGUGGUUAUGGUUUGAGCGACGGAAGCCCCUCAGAGGAGGGCUUGCUCUGUAAUGCGAUUGCAAUUGCAGAGUGGAUUAUGCACGUUGCCGGUACCCCACCUUUUUUGGGAACUGCUGUGGGUGUAUCUUUCGAAAGGCCUUACGCCUUUGAAACACAGCCAGUCCAUUUGGCCGGCAUGUUACUGGUAGCUACAUUCUCAGACGCAGCUAUGCUGACUGCCACCUAUUGCACUGACGGUCUUAUUCCCGUCUCCCAUUGCACGACUUUAUCCCAUCUUGAGGUUAUUCCACAGCCACCUGUCAACGUCUGGAAGAGCAGGGCUCGCAUAGCGGAAUUUGUCCGAGCAUGUGGAGGAGGACUUAGCAGAUACCAUAUCACAUAA